AUGACGAUGGAUACGCCUAUAGACAAGUUUCUGUUAUCUACGUCAGACGUGCUCGAAGGCCCUCAAAAAACAUACAUCAAAUGCUCGAAAACGGGGGAGACUAAAUGGGCGAGCCACUGUCAGACACGCACAUUGACACUACAUGAGGUCAUCGACGAAUUGCACGCCGGUUCCGAACUGGUCUAUUCGAUCCACAGACCGACCAGAGGAUGGUACAUUCGCGUCCGAUCCCACAAGAAACCCACCCUCUUGGCCGACCUCAUCCCUGAUCCUCUGGUCGACACCGCCCAGCCCGACGCAGACUCGAUAUUAAUGUUCACCAUGCCCAGCAUCAAGGGCAAAGAACGAGAAAGCGUCGGGUCAUCGUUGGCCGAACAAGACGAAUACUCCUUCCCGCCCACACCUCCCGUCCGAUCUCCUCCACCGGGUAAACGGAAAACAGACCCCAAACCAGACUCGUUGCUAUCCGAACCCUCCAGUCCGACCACCACCACUACUGCGAGCCACACGGAUCCCCUUCGCUCGCCUCACCCGCCUCGGCCGAGUGCUCGACUCGAACCCCACGCGCAGCUCCAGCUCGCUCAACCGACCUUGACGCUGGUGUUUGCUCCCACACCUGCCCCCAAGAUCCCUGACAGCCCAUCGUUCUCACGGGCGUUUGCAUCGGGUCUAUUUCGUGCGGUUACAAGCACGAUAUUUUCCCCGCCUCGGCGAUCAUUUUCCCUAUCUGCCCGUUCUUCGGGUGGGACUAUGCCCGCUACUACACCGGCCCUCGAGUCUGGACCUCGGCUCGAGCUCGAAAGGGUGCUCGAAUACGAGGACACGACUCCCGUGUUCUCGGUUUCUCAAAUGACGGGCGUGAUCACCGUUUUGAACGACGGUUACGGGGACACAGGUCUCUUGGUCGCGUGCGCAAUGGCCUAUUUGGAUUUUCUCGCCGAACGAGACGGAUAUAUCGCUUCCGCCAACGGUGGCUAA